GACCAAAUGCCCCAGGGGUCUCAAGAUGGUUCUCCGGGGUCUCCGGGAGCGCUUUCACAAGCAUCGCCUCAGGCAUUCCUCCGCAGAUUCAUCUACACUGGAAUCCGGCCGUAGCUCACAGCAAUCCCAGAGUAACCAGAAUCAACCAAAUUCCUGUGUGGCAGCCCCAGAUAGUCCCAAGGAUCUAUGGCAAGAAGCCUUCGACAAACUCGACCAGCCCGCCCGAGACAAACUAUGUUCUAUCCGAAAUGCGGACGGAGGCCUUCACGCCCGUCCUGAGGAACUCCUCCAGUCCAUAGUCCAGACCACACAGCGGCAAUACGAUGAGGAAGAAAAGCGAAACGGGGAGAGCAAGACUCGUCAGCUACGGGUGUAUGCCCACAAGACUCUCAGCGCCGCCUUGUCCUUUCAGAGUGUCAUAAGCGCAGCGGCAGCUUGCGAUCCGACGGGACAUGCGACCACGGCAUGGACGUUCGUGUCCCUGGCGCUCACGAUGGCCAAGAAUCGACAUGAUUUACGCGAAGCCGCAUUCGAGUCUUCUGGAUUCAUCGCCGACACGCUCGAGCGAUAUGCCGUUGUGGAGAUGUAUUGUCGCCGUUCGGUAAACACCGACACGCAGGUCCCGUUGGAAAGAUUGUUCAUCGACACCUAUGUCGCCAUCCUAAAGUAUACUGCAGAGAUGGUGACGGUUCGGCAGGCGAACGUCGGCAGGAUGCUUCUUCUAAGUAUUACCGCCCUGAAGGACCAGCCGCUGAGCACGCUCAAGUCCGCCAUUGCGGAGCAAGAUGAACAGCUCGACAGUUGGAUGCGGCUGGACCAGUACCGUCGUCGGGAUGAUGAAGCGGAGAAGCUACUCACGCAGAUUGACGUGAUCGCUGCCGAUGUCCAAAGCUUGAUCCAGGAUUUUGAGGUCGCCAAGCUUGUGGUUGCCGACGGAGCAGCAUAUGACUCCUAUGCCAACCAACUCAAUGAGGGGUGCCUCGAAAACACCAGAACCAGUCUACUCCGGCGGAUCAUGGCGUGGGCGGAAUCGCCAGAUGAGAAGUGCAUUUUCUGGCUGAAUGGCAUGGCGGGGACCGGCAAAUCCACAAUCUCAAAGUCUGUUGCACGGAAAUUACAAGAUAAGAACUACCUCGGGGCAAGCUUCUUCUUCAAGAGAGGCGAGGCUGAUCGUGGAAACGCAAGCCGAUUUUUUGCCACGAUUGUUGAACAACUGAUUGUCCAUGAGCCCCGAUUGAUCCCGCGCGUUAGAAAGGCGAUACAACGUGACUCAAAGAUCGCCGCGAAGGGCCUUGUACAGCAAUUCGACGAACUCCUCCUGAAGCCCCUCUUGGCCCUGAAUGAUGAUCUUUCGCAGCAUUUGGUGUUGGUUUUGGUCAUUGAUGCACUGGAUGAGUGCGACAAGAUUGAAGACGUGCAGCAGUUGAUUUCCCUUCUUCCCCGGAUCCAAGAGUCAAAAGCGAUCCGACUCCGCGUGUUCAUAACCAGUCGUCCAGAAUUUAUCAUCAAAACAGGAUUCAGAAAAUUAUCUAGAGAUGACCAUGAUGACGUAGCCCUGCACGAAAUACCUGCCGAGACUGUUGAGCAGGACAUCUCGUUGUUCAUACGAGACAGACUGUUGCAGAUCCGGACGGAACGACAAUUGCCGAGUGAAGACGACUAUAACUGGGCUGACGAGGACGACGACUUCUCCAAAUGGCCAGAGGAGAGCGAGGUUGCGCAGCUGAUUCAAAUAGCCCUCCCGUUAUUCAUCUCUGCCGCCACCAUGUGCCGAUUCAUCGAGGAUCCAUUGAAAGACCCAAGAGACAGGCUGAGGAUAAUCCUCGAGAAUCAACCCGCAUCCCACAUAUCAGUGUUAGGCAAGACAUACCUUCCCGUAUUUUCUUCAAUCUUAGCAUUUGAAGAUAAAAGUGAACACGCACAGACAGUGAAUGAAUUCAAGAGACUGAUCGGGCCUAUUAUCAUCCUCGCCAGUCCACUGUCGGUCAGCGCCCUGGCAUGUCUUCUCGGGAUACCAAAAUCCACAAUCAGCCGUCAAUUGAGCUUCCUUACCUCUGUGAUCUUCGUACCGAAGGACAAAGGCCAGCCCGUGAGGCCAUACCAUCAAUCCUUCCGAGAUUUUCUGCUCGCGGCGGAGACUCGCGAAGAGACCCCGUUCUGGGUAGAUGGUGAAGCGAUGCAUCGGCACGUAGCUCUCUGCUGCAUACGAGUCAUGGAACGAUCGCGGACCGGCUUGCGGAAGAAUUUGUGCAACAUACCGAGUUAUGGAACUUUGCGUUCGGAGAUCGACAGGGAGAAAUGUAGUCAAAAUAUAUCUGAAGAGCUCAGAUAUGCGUGCCGAUAUUGGAUUCAUCAUCUGCAAAGGGGAAAGGUUGCUCUACGAGACGGUGACGAGACUCACCAGCUCCUAGAAAAACACCUUCUGCACUGGAUUGAGGCGAUGAGCAUCUUAGGCUAUAUAUCUGAGGUUGUGGUCAAUAUCAACAUUCUGCGGAAGUUGUUAGAGGUGCAGGAUGAACCAUUGCUGUCCGGAUUUCUCUAUGACGCUCACCGAUUCAUUCUGAAGAACUUAGGGAUUGCCGAGAAGGCUCCGCUGCAGCUAUACGCUUCUGCACUUGUGUUUGCUCCGCAAAAGUCUCUCAUCAGAAACAUAUUUGCGAGGUAUAUACCUCCAGCUAUUUCUCGGCUGCCAAAUGUGGGAUUGGAGUGGGGACCAGGAUUGCAAUCUUAUGAAGGCCACAAUGGGAGGAGCAUAAUAGGGGUGGCAUGCUCGCCAGACGGCGAAGUCAUUGCUUCGAUGGAUAAGGUUGGAACGAUCAUACUUUGGAGUACGGUCACAGGAACCAUUCGCCAGAGCUUCAAAGCAAUCGACGACAAAGACGAACUGCCCAAAAUACAGCCAGGUGAUAGUAAGCUAACGUUCUCUCCCGAUGGUAAAUUACUGGCAUCGGUGUUCAAAAAAGAAAGCGGCAUCCAACUAUGGAAGGCGCCCACGGGGUUACUGCACGGAGAGAUUCCCAAAUAUCUUUGGUGCCACAAUCGACCAGCUUUUACCCCUGACGGUACGACAGUUCUCUUACAGGACAUUUCCACCAACCCCCACACAUUAGGCCUCUGGAAUAUCGCCCAACGUGCGUUCCAUCAGACACUGGAGGGUCAGAUUGAUGAGCUUCUGGCAUCAGCAAUCUCACAUGACGGCCAGAUAGUUGCAACUGGGUCCGAUACAGGUAUAUUGAGGUUAUGGAACCCGGCUUUGAAUCUGACAGUGCAAUCACAAAUCAAAGUAUGUGAUGGUUCUAUCCAAUCUAUAGCCUUUUCACCUCGCGACGACCUGCUAGCAUCGUGCUCUGGCCAUGUCGGGGCCAAGGUAUGGAAUGUAAAAGAUGGUUCGCUAAUUCACUCUCUUGACGAUCUCUCUUUAUCGGUGGCAUUCUCAUACAAUGGUGAAUUGGUCGCCUCUUGCAGCUGGUUUGGCACAGCUAAACUAUGGAACAGUACUUCAGGGAAGUUAGAGUACGAGCUGAAUCGUGUUCGCACUUUCGCUUUCUCUCCCAAUGGCGAAUUUGUUUCUGGUACGGGCGAUGGCAUUGUACGCCUGUGGGACUUACGAGUCGGCAAUCGAGACUCGACUCCCUUUUCUAAUUCCAACUCGGCUCUUUCUGUACAUGCCUUACCCGGUUGUGAACUAAACUCGGUUCUUUCGAUUACUUAUGACGGCUCAAAACUCUGGGAUAUCCCCUCAGGCACUCCACAGCAUCAGCUCGAAGCUCUCGAAGAUCCCAUUUUUGAUCCUAGGUUCUCUGACGACGGCCGUCUCAUUGCAGGUGUUGUCAAUAGAACAGUCAAGGUCUGGGAUACAGGCAGUGGGAAACUAAUCCGGGAGUUGCAGAUCACGGAUAUUGAGGAUUGGGGUAUUGACGAUUACAUCAACGUGGAGAUUGCCUUCCGGCCGGAUGGCAAGAUCAUUUCAUGGUCCCUGGACAGCCUGGAGUUUCAGGUAUGGGACCCAUUUUCGGGGAAACAAAUCGAAACUUUCACCGACUCAAUUGAGCUGUGCUCUUUUAUAGUCUCCCAUGAUGGUCACCUGCUAGCUGUCACUGACGGUAGGAAAGUCAGCAUUCGUGAACCUUCAACAGGGAAGCACUUCUACCUAGAGAAAUCAUUUGAAUCCUGUUUGAUGAUGGCCUUUUCGCCGAACGACAUGAUCCUGGCCACUCUUUCACUGAGCCGUGGUAACCUCAUUGUGGAUUUGUGGGACUUGCCAACACAUGAAUUGCGUAGCUCUCUCAAUGUCGCUGGACGCAAAAUUCAAUUUUCCGAGGAUGGCAAAUGUUUCUGUACUGGUCAUGAAAUAUAUCACAUAGAAACCGACGCUGAGGGGCAUUUGGUCUCUGUAGCUGCUGAUGUUGAUCCAAUACGUGUGAAAGAUGGAUGGGUGUGCCUCGGUGAGGAUAAGGUUCUCUGGCUUCCUGAUGAAUAUCGGCCAAAGAGCGACUGCGAGAAUCUUUGCAUCAAAGAUUCUACAUUUGUGCUUGGAUCUCAUUCCGGCCAUCUCUUAUUUAUUGGUUUUGACAUGCAUGCUAAACGAUAUGCUUGAUGUAUAUUUGAUCUAUCUGAUCUCAAGAGGGUGGUUAGUUGUUGAGGUGGUGGUCGGAGACCACGCAGGAAGAAGAGGCAAAGGAUCAGCUGACCCGGGCUGGAGUGAAUGUCUUAAGAAUUCUGCUGAAUAGAUCCUAAUGAUGUUCCUCCACGAGCUUCCCCCGUGUUUCGGGCGUAGAUGUAGACGUACGCGAGGUCGUUGGAGAGGCCGUUUUGGGGGUCGUUUGCGAGGGUCUUUGCAUGCGAGCCUUUAGAUCAGCAAGCACGUGGUCAGGCGAUCUAGUGGUUCCUAAUGAUUUGAGAUGCCAAAUGAAUGGUGACGGC